AUGAUAUUUUUCAUAUUCAUAUAUAUUCAGGCUGUAGAUGAAUGGAGUCGAACUUUAUUGGGGAAGUUCCAGUAUAGUAUUGGUAAAGCAACAAGCAAAUCCAAAAUUGAGAAGCUCAGCUUUUUCAGUAAUGUAAACAUUGAAAAAUCCAGUUGGGAGAUGAAGGUAGGUACCAUUGCAGCUUAUGCUCUACAGGGGAGACGACCAAAAAUGGAAGACAGGUUUGUAAUAAAUGAUAAUAUCAGUAAUACAGGGGUUGCAUUAUUUGCUGUGUUUGAUGGGCAUGGGGGAGAAUUUGCUGCUACAUAUGCUAAAGAAAAACUUAUGCAAAACUUAUUUAAUAAAGUCAUAGAAAUUAAAGGUAUAAUAUCCGGGGAUUCAACAAAAAGGGUAGUAUCUGAGGAAGAAAAGGAGGAGGAGAAAAAAGAUCCUGAAAAGCCAGUCACUCCUACUCUUGCUCAGCGCAGGAAAAGCUUUAGAAGGACCAAUUCAACCACAGAUGAAUGUAUUGAAGGAACUAAAGAAAUAACAGACUUACAAUUGUUAUCAAAAUUAGAUAGCAUAAAGCCUAUAUCAAAAUCUUCAAAGCCCCUGAAAACAACCCCAAGUUUUAAAAAGGUGCCUGUUAAUAAUUAUUUUGAUAAAUAUGGGAUUGUAAAUUAUGAAAAAUUACUAACAGAUGAGGUAUUAGCUGCAGAUGAGAGACUACUAGAGAUAGCAAAGAAAAGUUUGGAUGUUGCAGGUACUACAGCAUUAAUAGCCAUAUUAGAAGGUAAUAGACUGAUAGUAGCGAAUGUUGGCGACUCUAGAGGGGUAAUGUGUGAUUCAAAAGGAAAUGCUAUUCCAUUAUCCUUUGAUCACAAACCUCAACAGAUGAGGGAGCGUAAAAGAAUCAAGGCAGCUGGGGGGUUUGUGUCUUUUAACGGGGUCUGGCGUGUGGCUGGCAUUCUAGCUACAUCUAGAGCAUUGGGAGAUUACCCACUUAAAGAUAAGAAGCUUGUAAUUGCUGAACCUGAUAUAUUAACCUUUGAUUUACAUGAUCACAAACCUUUGUUUCUUAUUUUGGCAACUGAUGGCUUAUGGGAUACAUUUUCCAAUGAAGAGGCAGUAAGUUUUAUUAAAGAAAGAUUGAAUGAACCAGAUUAUGGUGCUAAAAGUUUGGCUUUACAAUCUUACUAUAGAGGGUCCACUGAUAACAUAACUGUCAUCAUAAUCAAUUUUAAGGACUAUGGCUUUAGUAAGUUUACUGCUAGUGCAUCAUGA